UGAGAGCACUAACACAUUGGCAUGCUGCAUUGUAGGGCCCAAAUAGCUCCACCUGGAGGAAUCCCGUUGACCAGCAAGCAAAUGGCUCGUGGAGCAAAGGGCCACCUUCCCUUCUGUCCAUCUCUGACACCCCAUACAAACAUGAAGUUUACGUAACGUGUCGCUCACUCUUGAGAAAGCCGCGCAAACGCUACGCUGCCGUCGCCUUUCAGUCUUCAAUCUGCCGUUGAGCAGCAAGAACCAACGUCGAUCGAGAGAGUGUAAAGUCCUCGAUCAAGCAGAGCCAAGAAAAAGCUCCAGGUGGCGUGACGCACGGCAGCAAAACAACCAGACCACCACAUCUUCGGAGACCUUGGUCCCUGAGCCGGGCUAUAUUUGGCACCUGUCGGAGCUUUCAUUCCUACAUUGCAAAGGAAAAAAAAAACAAUAAACAAUGGGGUGCCGUCAGUCCAAAGCCGACGCCGUCGUGGGCUCCACCGCUGCGCCGACCCAGCGAGAAGCACGCGGCAGUCUGCGUGACGACCUGACGUCCGACCUCAUCCAGCACAAGUACGUGGACGACAUCAACGAGUUCUUCGAGUUCGACGCCACCAUCGGCACGGGCCACUUCGGCUGCGUCAAACACGCCGUGAGUAAAAAAUCUGGCAAGGAAUGGGCCGUCAAGGUUGUUGCCUUGAGCAACGAAGUGGACCGGGACGCACUACGCAACGAGAUCAACAUCCUCAAGCGACUGCAUCACCCACAGAUCGUGCGAGUCAUCGCCUCGUACGAAGACAAAGAGCACAUGUACAUGAUCAUGCAGCUCUGCAAGGGCAAAGAGCUGUACGAUCAUCUGUACCAGGAACACCGCACGUUCUCCGAGAACGACGUACGGAAGAUCAUCCGUGCUCUACUCAGAGCACUAGCUUUCUUGCACUCGAAUUUCAUCACGCAUCGAGAUCUAAAGCUCGAGAAUUUGCUACUAGAGAACGCCGAGAACCCGGGAUCUCUCCGUCUGUGUGAUUUCGGUCUCAGCACACGCUUUAAACGCGGUGAGAAGCUUGAAAAACCAUUGGGAACGAUCGACUACGUCGCUCCUGAAGUGCUAGACGGAGACUACAACGAAAAGUGCGAUCUCUGGAGUGUCGGAGUCAUUUGCUUUGAGUUACUCACCGGGGUAUCUCCAUUCCACGCAGCGACGAUCGACGAGACCAUGGGCAACAUCUACGACGGAGUGUUGAUCUUUGAGAACGACGUGUGGUCGAAAUUCUCUCCUGCUUCAAUCCUUUUCAUCAAGUCAUUAGUGAAGGAAAAUGUGGACCAGCGACUCUCAGCCGAACAAGCUUUGGAUCACAAAUGGCUUAAUGAAGGAGAAAUGGCGAGUGCAGAUGGCUCUGGUGCUGCACGUCUGCAGAGCGACAAGUGCAUGUUACUAACCAACAUGUUGAGCUUCAGUCAAUGUCGAAAAAUGAAACAAGCAGCGUUGCUAUCUGUGGCUUUGGGGAUUUCGGAGGACCAUAUUCAACAAGAAAUGGCAGCCGAGGUCUUCCACUCGAUGGACCGUAACAAGAAAGGCUCUGUAUCGCGGGAUGAGUUCUGCAGCGCUCUAGUGGAGUGUGGAGUCUCGAAUGCCGAUGCUGGGGAGCUUUUCACGCGCAUUAAUCAGUCGAAAAGCGGCCACAUUAACUACCUGGAGUUCAUUGCUGCUGUCAUGGACCAACGUGACAUUGGACAGAGUACGAUUAAGGAGGCUUUCGGCAUUCUAGACGGCCAGAAACAGGGCCGUUUGUCGCUUGUCGGACUGCAGGAUGUGUUCAAGAACUCGAUGGUAGCGGAGGAGGUCAAGGAGAUGAUUGCGUCGGUUGAUACUAAGGGCGAUGGGUAUGUGGACUUUGAGGCAUUCCAGGGUCUAUUCGCUGCUCCGGGGUCCACACUCCCUCAAGUUGCAGAGGAGGACUCGUCCACUACGGCUAGUGUCGGGAAUGAGGAUGCUGGGAGCCCCGAGAAGCCGAUGGUGACGUCUCAGAGUAUGUGCACUAGGAAUACCGAGAGCACUGUGGACAGUAUCACCGAUCGAACGACUCCUUCUUCGACUACGAGCUCGUUGGGUUACACAUCUGGGAAAACAGAGGAGAGCGAAGCUAUCAAGGCAGAUUUAGUGCACCAAAACGACGUCAACGUCGCAAUGGUGAACGCAUAAAGCGGGGUAGCUAGCUCACUGUGGGAUAUUUUAUUUUGAAAAAUAACUGGGAAAUGAAUUUUCCGUCUUACUACUACAUGUAGUAGUACUACAAGUUUUUUAAUGCA